CAAAUAUUUGCGGAGAACAAAAACGAGAUAGGCUAUCUGUCUCUUUGCAAUAACAAAGAAAAGGGGAAAAACCCCAAGAAACUUGGGCAGCAAGCGGCCUCUGCUCUCUCUUCCCUUCUUCAAGGACAGGGAAGAGUCGUGAAUUUCAAUCUACGAUACGACACCACCAUAUGUUAUCACUCCUUCUAAUAUCAUGUCGUUUCGUUUCUUCUCUUUUUAUUUCUGCACGAAAUAAUCUUUAUCGACUCUUCCCUGAUCCUUCUCUUCCCUCUUAAUACCACCACCUGAUUUUUCUUUUUAGGUUUUCUCCCAGGUUAUUGUUCUCUCUCUCUCUCUCUCUCAGCUCCUUCGUUAUCAAGAAGGAUGCCAUCUUUUCCUGCAACAGCUUUGGAUAGGUUGUUAGAACCUGGAGCUUCAAAAUUUGUCGACAAGUCAGUUCCUAGUUCGGACGACAACCAUCCAGUUCCGAAACCGAAGCCUCCUCCACCAAAAUCGAAGCCACCUUUACCCAAAUCAAACCUAGAGAGGAGGAAUAGUGCGUCGGUGGUAGAGAGGAAAGGUAAUCGUCCUCAAAUAUCGCCUUCGCUGUAUGCAACUCCGGAAUCGACCCCACUCCCUGAUUCGCCAUCUUCAUUUCCUCCUUCGCCUUAUAUAAUUAAUCAUAAACGACGUGGGCCACGCCUUUUGAAGAGCUUUUCAGAGGAUGAUGUAACUUCUAGGAAGAAGGAAUUGGAGAAAGAUGAGGUGAAUGGGAAAGUGGAUAAUGGAAAAAAUGAGCUUGUUGAUUCAAGUUAUGGCCAUUCAGUUACUUUUUUCAUCCCUGGUUCUGUUGAAGGUGAGCUUUUGAAUGUUGUCAAUGGGAGUCCUAGCAAAGAGGAUGUUGUAAAUGGGAGUCCUAGUAAAGAGGAUGCUGUAAAUGGUGUCCAUCAUGAUACUAUCAUCGCGGCGCAUGUUAAUGGAAAGAUUGAUGGGGAAAUAGCAAGUGGUACUGUGCAACAUGGGACUAGUAAUACAAGGACGGACUUUACCUUGGAAAAGGAUGUGUUGAAGCCAACUGAGCAGAAUGGGGAACGAGAUGUAGACGUUGAUGAUUUCUUUGAUCCACAGGACUCAAUGAGUUAUACUAGUAACACCUAUGUUGAAGACACCACCGCAGCUGAGUCUUCUAUGGAGCUUACUGCAGCUAUACCAGUGGGAGAGUUUUAUGAUGCUUGGGAAGAACUAUCAUCUGAGAGUGGGCCACAUCCAUCUCCUUCUCCUCAUCUCAGUGGAGCUGAAUUGCGUGAAAUGAGAUUGAGUUUGUUGAUGGAGAUAGAGAAGCGGAAGCAAGCAGAGGAGGCUUUGACUAAUAUGCAAAACCAGUGGCAGAGAAUCAGGCAAGAAUUAGCUCUGGUAGGGUUAUCCCUCCCUGCUUUUCCUGUUGAUGUGCCAGAGAAUGAUCAGCCAUCAGAUUCUAAUCCUGCAGAGGAGAUUUGCCAGCAAAUCUAUCUUGCUCGGUUUGUAUCAGAAUCUAUAGGAAGGGGAAUUGCAAAAGCUGAGGCAGAGAUAGAGUUGAAAGCUCAGAUUGAAGAAAAGAACUUUGAAAUUACUCGAUUGUGGGAUCGACUUCAUUAUUAUGAGGCUGUGAAUCGAGAGAUGUCUCAGAGGAACCAGGAAGUCAUAGAAAUGGCACGGCGUAAUAGGCAGGUAAGGAAAGGGAGGCGGAAGUGGAUUUGGGGCUCAAUUGCUGUUGCAAUUACACUGGGCACAACAGCCUUGGCAUGGUCAUAUCUCCCAGCAAUGAGAGGAUCUUCUUCUGCCAGUGAUUCUCAUGCGUCAGAGCAUGAUGAUACAGCUAAUUGAUGAGCAUCUGAUCAAUCAAUAGACUCUGAUGCCAUGUCACAGGAGAAUAAAAAGGUUUUAUAGUCCAUCUUGUGAAUAUCAACCUCUUGCUUUUGUCCCUAGCAAUUUUCCUGCCUGCAUAGAUUGCAGGGUUACUGCCUGCUUAGAUUGCAGGGUUACCAUCAUAAUAAUUCAUUACUGCCUUACUGGUGAUCUGGGAGGUGAUUAAUUUGUCCUGGGUCAUUGAUCAUCUGCAAUCAUAUGUCUAGCCUUUUUGUGCUUUCAAGGCCUUGCUGAUACCUGCAUGAACACCAUCAGGUCCAUCCUAACAUUUUCAACAUUUUAGAAAGAGAGCUUUCUAUCCGGGGAGGGCCAAUAGUCUCAUUGAUUUUAGUUUGUUCUGUAUUUAAGUUGUAUCAAUUGCAAGUCUCCGCAGCUAUGAAACUAAGGUCAAGAGAAUUGAUAUGUUGGAACGUGGUUAUCCCUGACAGAAGGGUCUCAACCUAGGAGGAAUUAUUUUGGAUGCUAAUCUAUACAUUAAUGUUAUUAGCCCGGGGUGAGUUUCGAUGUUCAUUUGCAUUAUGCAUAAAUGUACUAAACUGGUGAUAGAAAGGUAUAUGUUGUUACUGCCUUACAGCUUGUUGCUAUCGAGCCAUUGACCAAAUAAAACAUGGAUUCAUAGAUUGUGAAAUGAAAUUGACACAUGGUGAUCCUGUCCAUGUGUGGGGAGUACUGGUAUAUGUUGGAUCACGUAGUUAUUAAAAAAGGUUGUCGCUUUAAAGAUUCAAAA